UGUUCCGUAAAUUUGUGAGUUAGUUUUUCUGGACUUUUACUGAUUAUUUCAGUAAAAUUUGCCCAAAGUUUUCACAGUUCCGCGUACAAUAAGAAUAUCUCACCAUGGACAACACCGGCGAUCGAAUAGAAAAGCUGUACAAGAACUACGAAAUCUUGAGUGACGCCAAGGAAAAAAUCGGCGAGCAUGAAGCCGAAUAUAAAGAAAUAUUAGAUGCUGUGAAAGGUUCGGCAAAGGAAAAGCGUCUUGCGUCCCAGUUCAUUGGGAAAUUCUUCAAGCAUUUUCCCAGCUUGGCGGAUCUCGCCAUUGAAAGUCAGCUGGAUCUGUGUGAGGAUGAGGAUACACAGAUAAGAAGGCAAGCUAUUAAGGAUUUGCCACAGCUGUGCCGUGAUACAACCGAGCAUACACCUAGAAUCGGUGACAUUUUGGCCCAAUUGCUCAUCACCGAAGAUUCUGCAGAGUUGCUGCAGGUACAUCAGUCGUUACUCACGCUGGCAAAGUACGAUGCCAUUGGAACUCUGACUGGAAUUUUCAGUCAAAUCGUAGGCGGUGAGGAGACGACACGUUUUCGUAGCUUUCAGUUUAUAAACAACAAAAUCAUGAAGCUUGAGACUCAAAUUUUGACGAAACUGGUGGAAGAUUUUAUUAUUGCUGAGGUUAAAAAGAUCACACUGGACGUAAGCUCGGACGAGUUCCAUCUUUGCAUGUCUAUUCUGAACCAAACGAAGCUUAGCAAAACUCUUCCCGGUCAUGUGGAGCUGGUAACGCUCGCUGCUGAACAAGCAGAUCUGGAAAGCGAUCCCGGUGCGCUCGCAUCGGACGAUGAAACUGUAGAACGUUUUAUUCAGUGCGCGACUGAGGCCAUGCCGUACUUUUCAUCUCAGGUGGAAUCAACUCUGUUUGUAAAAUUCAUGUGUGAGAAGUUUUUGCGACCGAGUGUAUGGUGUUUGAUCGGUGCCGCAGAUGACCAGCAACAGACACAACAGCGUUUAUUGAAAGUGUUUGCCGAAAUGACUGCGUUCUGUGGAACAUUAGAGAAAGCCUCCGAGAAAGUGGAAGCUAUUUAUGAGGUGUUAUUGGAAUACAUGCCAUUGCCACCGCUCGAUGCCGAUUUGAACGAAACACCAUCGUUCCAUUUUUCACAUGCCGAAUGUCUGCUGUAUGCGCUGCACACCCUGGGUAAACAGGCAGCCGAUUUUCUCACGUUCCCAGACAAUCCAGCGAAGCUGAAAGAUUUCCGUUCUCGGCUACAAUAUUUGGCGCGGGGAACACAGGGUUACAUCAAGAAACUUCAGGAAACCGUCAAGGGUAAAAGUGCAGAAGAGAUGAAAUCCGACGAGAACCAAAUUAAAGUGACUGCACUGAAAACCACUUCUAACAUCAGCACUUUGAUUCGUGAUCUAUUUCAUUCGCCACCAAGCUUCAAAUCAGUCGUACAGUUGUCAUGGGUUGUACCGAAAGGGAAGAAAGCGCAACAACAACAGCGACUAGAACAGAAGCAAGAAGAUACUACCAAAGCCGGAAACAAACGGCAUGCAACGAUCACGUUCGAUGGCAAUGGCAAAACGGCCCCCGACUCCAAAGGGCCAAAGCAUGGCAAAUCAGGCCCAGGUUCACAGAAAAUGUAUACCCCACCGUCGGGUAAAUAUUCCGGCAAGCUGCAUCGAAAUGGCGGUGGCCGACGUUCGAGCGGCGGCGGUGGUGGCGGUGGCAAUUCUCGCCGUGGCAGUUACGGAUCAGCUUUCGGUGGUGGUGGUGGCCGUAACAGUGGAGGAAAAAGGAAGUAUUAAAUUGUCACAGCGUGUAUGGUUUAGCAAAGGGCGCGAAGGUACAGAAUGCACACAGUUGUAACCGGUUGAGAUAUUCUCUCGCUUGUUCUCACACUCUAUUGCAAUCAUUUGUAACUUCGUCUGCAUUGAUAAUUAUCAUAUUCUCUGCAAUCGUUCUCGUUUUACAGUUUUAUCGUAGCGAUUUGAUAACAUUGUCAAAAGAGAUAUACAUUUAUUUACAGUUUUAUUUAGUGUGAUUGAUGUAAGUAGUAUUUGCAAGACUUGCUUUUGUUUACUUGAUUGCAAUAAUUAUUCCUCCAAGUAAUGAUCCUUUAUGAUCCGUAAGAAUGUUGUUUUGUCAAUGGUACUAGGUCGAUUAAAACAAUGUUAGUAAGAAUGACCUUACAAAGCCAUUUAUAGGAUUUAUAACGCGACUACUCAGUUAUGGGUACAUAGAAAACAAUCAUUAACCAAGCCAGAUCGAACGGGCACACGGUUGCAGAGCUACGAUUCGUGUUACUAACAGUCUUCCUUUGCUAAUAUCCCUUUCCGAAUUCCUUUUAAAUACAACUUGUCUUCGGUACAUCGAAUGAACCCGGUACACUUUGGGAACAGCGACGGGAUUGGAAGGAAGAAAAGCAACGAUGAGCAACAAAUUGAACAACAUCAACAUAUCAGCAGAAUGACCAGCACACACCAAGCCGCGAUAAUGUUCUUCCAACGGUUCGUCUUCAUCUGCGCUACUAACGUGUAUACCCCUGCAACUUCUAUUACUAUCCUCUCCCAAUUCCGCAUAACAUAUUUUUAGUAACUUCCUGAAGUCAAACAAUCCCAAACAGCUUUGAGGGUUUGGAUGUGUCUUAAACACAAUAGGUUCUGCGUGCAAUUGUAAUAUCUGUACCUUCGCGUUUUUUAAUUAUAAACCAUACCUGUGGUCACAAUUUCGCCGCCCAUCGUCCAGAGGGAGAAACCAUCGAUAGCCGACCAUCAAUGUCACAUGAAGCAAUUCUCUUCCAGCGUGUAAGUCUGUCUGAUCGUAUUGAAACCGUUUGGUAUGGUGCUUAAAUGACAAUGUGCAGAAUUAACAUCUCUGUCGCUAGCAUUGUAAGUACUUGGGCUACCUACACAUUGCUCCAUAUUUGGUUUUGGAAACACCAUUUCGUUUUUGACUAGUAAAUGGUUGUAACCGGAAGGGAUAGAUAAUGCGGUGGUAUUACUAUACACUUAACUUAGAGAUAAGCAUAUUCUUUUUUAAAUCCAUUAUGCUUUCUCUUACAUAGAUCUUUUUCUCCUAUUAAUCGAAACAAAAAAAAAACUUUGGUUUCGUUUUCUGUAAAUUAUACUAGCACAGCUUUAUUAUAAGCAUACAUAAGCCGCCUAUACAAAUUUAGUUUGGGAUUUUCAAUAGAUCAAGGCAGUUUAUAGCUGUUUCAGUUGAAUCACUGUACGGUGUUUUUUUUGACGAAUUGCAAGAACUAACGAAUCAUCUACCUAUCAGCACGAUUUAAUGCGUGUUCGGUGUGGUGUGUGGUAAUACGCCAAUGCCAGUCGUACGUUUUUGCGACUGUGUUUUGCGUUACUUAUAUAGAUUAUCAUGCUAUAUUAUUAUACCGUCGAAAUGUUAUAGACGAAAUGAGUGGCGAUGACGCUACAAUACAUGUAGUGUUGUCCAUAGCUGAGCUAACAGAACGAUAGUGUUCUUAUAUAAAACAUUCAAUACACAAUCCUCCUUCUACACUUGGUUC